AUGGUCAACGAUUCGGACUCGCGUUUGCCCGAAACUCCAUUAUCGUCCAUCCCUGAUCUUAGUGACCAUAACAAUCCCGCCACUUUUGCCGGCGCUGACGCAUUGCUUGUAAUCGUGGAGAAUCCGGUGGAGGCGCGCUCGCAGCAUAAGUUUGAAACCAGGCGACAACACAUCAUGAAUAUAGUUACUCUACAUCGAGACGGUAUUGCCUUCAAGCACAUGGACGAGCUAUUGGCCAAGUCAAAAUUCGAAGACAUGAUUGACGAUGAAGCUCAAGUAGUCCCAAGUCCGGUGGUGAAACUUCCUUGGAGUAGUCCACACACUUCCAAACUUCUCAACGAUCCAACAGCAGAGACUUAA